AUGCCUCCUUGGCAAGACAGUGAGGUGGAAAAUCCAAAUUCUUCAGUGACAGUAUCCAAAAUGGAGUUUGUCCAGCAUCUCCAGGAAAUUAGAAACCAAACCACCAUCUCUGGCUUCCUGUUCCUGGGCUUCUCUGAACAUCCACAACAAAAGCCUCUCCUGUUCGGGAUCUUCCUGAGCAUGUACCUGGUCACUCUGCUGGGGAAUCUGCUCAUCAUCCUGGCCAUUGGCUCUGACCACCACCUCCACACACCCAUGUACUUCUUCCUGGCCAACCUGUCCUUCAUUGACACCUGCUUCACCUGCACCAUUGUCCCCAAGGUGCUGACCAACAUCCACACACAGAAUCACACCAUCUCACACACAGGGUGCCUUCUGCAGAUGUACUUCUUCAUGGCAUUGGCCCUGCUGGAUACUUUCCUGCUGGCUGUGAUGGCCUAUGAUCGCUAUGUGGCCAUCUGCCUUCCUCUACACUACGCCACAAUCAUGGGUCCCCAACGAUGCCUGCUGCUGGUAGCCACAUCCUGGCUCUGCUCCAACCUCCUGGCCUUUUCCCUCACACUCCAGAUGGCGCGAGUCUCCUUCUGUGGGUCCCAUUCCAUCCCACACUUUUUCUGUGAUCUUCUUCCACUCCUCAAGCUCGCCUGCUCAGACACCCAUACCUUUCAGCUCAUGAUAUUUGCUGAAUCUGCCCUCUCAGGUGUGGUCCCUCUCACCUGCGUUCUGGUUUCUUAUGCCCACAUCAUGCACACCAUCCUCAGUAUCCCCUCUGCUGGGGGGAAGCACAAAGUCUUCUCAACCUGUGGCUCUCACCUGAUAGUGGUUACCCUCUUCUAUGGAAGUCUCUUUCUGGUAUAUUUGCAGCCAUCAUCCUCCUACUCUGCAGAUUUUGGGAUGGUAGCAUCUGUGGUAUACACAAUUGUCACCCCUAUGCUGAACCCCUUUAUCUAUAGCCUAAGGAACAAGGAUAUAAAGCAGGCUUUGUGGAGACUACUUAGCUGGAGAGUUUUGAAAAAUACUUUCAUACACUAA